AAAAUGGCAGCUUCCAUGAACAUCACUUAAUAUGUAUCGCGCGUUUUGAUCUAGACAGCAUCCGCGUUUGAGUCAAUUUCCGCCUCACGAGCGGGAGAAUUUUUUCGUCUGUGGAACCUCGUGAAUCAUCCUGAACAAUGCUUGACUCGAUCAUCGUUUGACCGCGCCGUUUGGCGACAUUGCUCCAAAAUCCGACACUCACGCUAACCAUACAAGUUCACACGCUCCGCACCCAUCAAACACGAUGAGUGAAACUGACAAACGACCUCAGUUCGGCCAACGCUAUCUGGACGAUGACAGCCGAGUAUUCGAACACAAUGCCUGGGACGACAUCUGCUGGACAGAAGAGCAGCUGAAAGCUGCCAAAGAAAAGGUGGACGAGAACUCAGUCAUCAGAGUGGAACCAGCCGUUAGGGACCAAUACGAAGCUGAAGCAGCACAAUACUGGGACAAGUUCUACGGCAUUCACAGCAACCGAUUCUUCAAGGACAGGCACUGGCUGUUUGUGGAGUUUCCCGAGCUGCUGCCCGGAAACGCUUUUACCAGGGAUGCACCGCAGGACGACAGCACGGAGGAAUACCCAGGCAAGACAGCUUCACUAAGGAUUCUCGAGAUUGGCUGUGGUGUGGGAAAUACAGUGUUCCCCAUACUAGAAGUGAACAGGGACUCGGGCUUGUUUGUGUAUGGCUGCGACUUCUCACCUACAGCAGUUUCUGUUCUGAAGGAACACAAGGACUACGAUGAAAAGCGCUGCCACGCUUUUGUCUGCGACGUGACCAAGACGUGGGAUGUGCCUUUCCCCGAGGAAAGCUUGGACACUGUGAUGCUCAUUUUCGUCCUUAGCGCCAUCAGCCCCGACAGGAUGCAACACGUGAUAGACUCAGUGGCUCAAUCUAAGCCGGGAGGAAAGGUGAUCUUCAGAGAUUACGGUCGCUACGACAUGGCUCAGCUGAGAUUCAAGAACGGUCGAUGCAUCGAGGACAACUUCUAUGCCCGCGGCGAUGGAACCAGAGUGUAUUUCUUCACUCAAGACGAAUUGACGAAGAUGUUUACCAAAAGCGGCUUCGAAGAGGAGCAGAACCACCUGGAUCGUAGGCUGCAAGUCAACCGUGGAAAGUUGUUGCGCAUGUAUCGAGUGUGGAUACAGGCUCGAUACAGAAAAAAAGAGGCCACCUCCUGACAAACUGUGAUUGUUAACACAUUGCUGUGUGAUAAAACUGAGUUUCUGUUCAUAACCCUUUGCAAUAUAUCUCCAUGAACUUAGAAACAGGAACACAAAUUCUGUGUAAUAUACCUACUCAUUCAGCAUAUCGUCGUCGUUUUUAACUGCAUAAGAUCCUUUCUUUCUUGGAAGCAAAAAAAAAGUAAAACAUUUAUGGUGGUCCCGAAACCCCCUAAAUGCGAAGCUGCUACAUCCAAGGCCAUGGAAGACUUUAAGUUCAGCAUCGUGCUAAAAAAAAAAGAAUAUUACUUAUGGCUAAACCGAGUAGACUCCAAUGAUGCUUAUGCAAAUUAAGAGUCAAGCUAAUCCUAUUCGAUUAAGAUCUGUGUAGUACGGAGCCAUCUCAUUUUGCAUUAGGAUUCUGAUGACAUAUGCAAACAAAAAAGCUUGAGCAUUCUUUUUUGUUUUUUAGUGAAAUAAAGAUAUGGUCAAUGCUCUA